CCAUGCCACAGCAACCGAGGCGAGGCUCCCCUGCAAGUGCUCCCUUCCUUCCUUCCUUCCCGCUUCCCUCGUCAACCAAAUCAACCAACCCCCCAAUCGCCACGACUGGCACGCCCCUCCUCCCCCCAAUCUCCCGAGCCUUCUUUCUCGUCCCCAAUCGCGUCCCAAACCCCCCAACCACCCUGCGCGGAUCGAUCCCCCACCGACUGCGUGCGCACUGGCAGCCGCAGCCGCAGCCGCGUCCCCGUCUUCCUCCCCGCCGAUUCGGCCGAGCGAUCGCGGCUGCCCUCGUCCACCCAUGCUUCUCCGGGCGGCUGCGGACGAGAUAUGAGCCGGCGGGGAAUCGACGGAGCCGCCGACGCCGCCCGCCAUGGACCCCUCCGAGCGCCCCGCCGUCGUAUUCGACAACGGCACCGGGUAUAGCAAACUUGGGUUUGCUGGUAACUCCGAGCCGUCUUUCACCAUCCCUACUGUAGUAGCUGUGAAUGAAUCUUUCUUGGACCAAUCAGAGCAGUGCAGUAGUGCAAAUUGGCUAGCACAGUAUAAUGCAGGUGUCAUGGCUGAUCUUGAUUUUUUUAUCGGGGAUGAGGCUCUGUCACAUUUCAAAUCUAGUGGCCUGUACAGUUUAAGAAGCCCAAUUCGUCAUGGUCAGGUGAAUGACUGGGAUACAAUGGAGAGAUUUUGGCAGCAAUCCAUUUUCAAUUAUCUACGGUGCAAUCCUGAGGAACACUACUUCCUACUUACAGAUAGUCCUGUCAGUACGCCGGAAAGUCGUGAAUGUAUGGGAGAAAUUAUGUUUGAGACCUUUAAUGUCCCUGGUCUAUAUAUUUCUGUGCAAUCUGUGCUCAGCCUUUCUGCUGGAUUUGCAUAUCUGAAAAGUCUUUCUGAAGAGGAUUCAGAAGAUUCUGUGUCUGAUAUGACAGGUGUAGUAGUUGACAUUGGGGAUGGAGCUCCACAUAUUGUGCCAGUUGUGAACGGCUAUGUAAUUGGGAGUAGCAUAAAGUCUUUUCCUCUUUCCGGAAGUGAUGUAACUCAGUUUGUUAUGCAGCUCUUACAGGAAAGGGGUGAGCUUCUUCCACCUGAUGAUGCUUUGGAUAUAGCUCGUAGGGUGAAAGAAACGUAUUGCUAUACUCCUUCAGACAUUGUCAAGGAGUUCAAGAAGCAUGACAGCAAGCCUAGUAAAUAUAUCAAACAAUGGUCUGCAAUCAAACCGAAGACUGGGGUUCCAUACACAGUUGACAUUGGAUAUGAGCGUUUUCUUGGACCAGAGGUUUGUCCGUACACCGUAUUCUACCAUUCAAUUUCGUGGGAAUUUUUCAUGCAGUGGGCCUAUUCAUUAUUCUCCCUCUGUUUCAAAAUAGAUGUUGUUUUAGCCUUGCCAUUUUUUCUCAGAAUGCUUGUCAGUUUACGUUGUCAAUGCAAUUUAAGUCAUUCUGUUCUUACUUUACCCUUAAUCAACAACAAACAACAACUAAGCCUUUAGUCCCAAACAAGUUGCGGUAGGCUAGAGUUGACCCAUAAGAUCUUGAAACCAGCUCAUGGUUCUGGCACGUGGAUAGCUAACUUCCACACGCCCCUAUCCAUGGCUAGUUCUUUGGUGAUAUUCCAGUCCUUCAGCUCUCUCUUUACGGACUCCUCUGAUGUCAAGUUUGAUCUACCCCAACCUCUCUUGACAUUAUCAGCACACUUUAACCGUCCCCUAUGCACUGCGCUG